AUGAAUCAACAAGGUCUCGUGUUCCUUAACGCGACGGGCGCCCCGGUCUUGUCUCGUGCCGACUCGCGGCAGAUGAGGGCAUACAUUACCAAAUCCAACUUUGCCAAGCGACGCCAGCGUAUAUCCAAGGAGGAGAUCAAGGGCAACGAGGGCAGCAAGAAGGCCCCUCAACAAGCAUUGCAUCGAAGGAAGAGGUGUCAGCAAAAGAGCCAACAAACCGCCUCGGAAGCAAGUCCGACGAAGCUGCCAACCAGGGAAUCUCCCCCAUGUGCCCCGUCCAUGCAGCUGCUCCGCAAUUUCCGCUACCUUGUUUUUCUGGACAUACGGCCGACCGUCCAGGACCCAGUAGAGAAGGCCUGGUUCGAUCUCAUCACCUCGGAGCCAGUGGUCUUCGAAGCGUCAUUGGCCGGGGGCAUGCGGUGCUGGGGCCCGGACGAGGAGUCUCAGCAAAACGCCGACCUCCACCUAUCAAGAGCGACGAAACUCCUCGUAGAACGCAUCAGCUGCGAGCAGGUUCCGUCAGAUGCGAUGAUAGGGGCUGUGAUGACCAUGGCCUUUGGGGAGCGCAUGGCAGACAAUGACGAAGCGUGGAAUGUGCACAUGGAGGGACUGAUCAAGAUGAUGCAGCAGAGACGGCGUCAUGGCGCCAGCUCUUUACCACCUAUUUUACGCAGCCUCGUUGCCUUGGACUUCAUGAACCACGUGCUGGGCUUCCCACGAUUCUAUCAUACCAAGGUGGUCGAUAUAUUGAGCAGCCAUGGCGACCAGGUCAUAUCCACGUUAACUCCAAUCCCGGCCGAUAUAUCUUUACUCAAGACCGCCGUAGGUGCUCCAAAAACGGGUCAUGCGGGACGAGCCUCCCAUGACGUGGAAGGACCACUACAAAGACUACGGCUUGCAACUCGAGCUCUUCGAGAAUUUAACGAACCCUACGUAAAGGUCACCUCCCGGUCACUCGAAAUAUAUCUCAAUCUAGUUUGGCCUCUACUAUUCCCAACGAAUCUCAAGUCUGUAGGAGGCGAAUUGAAAGAUGCCAUCAGCGAGUUUCGCAUCAAAGCCUGCCCCUACAUGGACUUAACAUCACCACACUACAUUUUGGGGCUCCUGGCUACCGACAAGGGCUCUGAAGCAAGAUCUUGGUUCCUAGACAGACUCAAGGGUUCAGUGCAGGUGAUGAGGCAACGCGGGUGGUCUGAUCCUCUCAGCUUGAUGAAAAGGGGCUUGGUGCAUGAGCCGCUUGUACAUCAUGAAUUUAUGGCGAUUUGGGGUGACGAAACCAAUGGAUUGAUGUAA